CGUACGCCGCGUCCGCAGCCACGCGCCCGAGGCCGAGCUCCCGAGCGCGCCGCCGCCUCGACCUCGCGACCCGCCGGCGACCGGAUCCUCGCCGGAGAUGAGUGCCGCUGUGCCCUGCUCCACCCUCUAUUCCUCUGUCUCCUUUCACCUCGCUCAUCCCCCGAUUUCUCUGUCCCCAGGACGAACAGGAGCAUGCCAUGGCCUCGGAUCCGCGCCGCCGUCGCCGGAGAACGUCGUCCGCCACCGGUUCUUCGAUCACAACUACCGGAUCAAGUUGCCCCGCCUCCGAUCUACCCGUUCCCGGCCACCCCAACCUCGCCUCGUCGUCGGGCGCGCAGAGAGACGGCCAUGGCCGCAAGAUUCCCGAGCGCCGCCGGCCAAGGUGGCCGACCGUGGCCGCCCGAUGCCCGAGCGCCGCCGGCCAAGGACACGCCGGCGGCGCGUCAACUGUGUGCCGCCCUCCAAACAGGUCGCCGCUGCACCCCCACCUCGCCCGGCCUCUCCUACGGCCCUGGCCUCCCGCUCUUCACUCAUCUGCCCGGCGGCGGGAAGUUACAGGCGUUGGAGUCCCUUCUGGUCACUGGUGAUUUAGACUUUGUCAUCGGGACAUGUGAAGCAAAGGUCUACAUUUUUAGAGCAAUCCCAGACUAUGAAAGCGACCAAACUUCCGAUGACUCUGAGGAUGAAUAGAAGUGAAGAUGUGUGCUUGCAAUACAAUGUUCGAUCGGAGCGCAGUUUGUUAGAGAAGCAAUUUCUUCGAUGAUGCUGGAGACUCGGCUAAUGCAGUUUCGUGCUGGUUGCAUGUAGAAUCGCCGCACUCUCGGUCUCAGUGUAGCAGGAUUUUUAACCUAGAUAGGAGUAGUAGGUAGCAGAUCGUGGUGCAGACCUUGUAUGGGUUGAACAAUGAACUAAUGCAUCUAGGCUGAUGAUGAUGGUCUCGAGUGCAUUUUUCAUGACC